AUAAUUUUUGGCUCUUCAUCUGCGGUCGUACUACAGCUCGUCUUUGAAUUUGAAACAAUAAAUGAGGAGCUUUCACCCGGAGAAAGCGAUAUCUUAAUUGAAACCGUGUACGGGUAAUUGUAUUAGCACUGUAUCGAUUUUUCAACGAAAUAUCUCAAGUUUACACUUUGCAGAAUCAGAAAGAGCAAUUAACCUACUCCAUCAACCAAACAAUGCGCGCGAGGACGUUCGUUUUUCAUGAAUUAUAAGUAUACCGAUUUCACUCGUUCGAAAAAUCGGCAAAGACCACCGGCGUGUGCGUCACACCCGAGGUGUGCGUAUACCUUAACGGUUCUCUCGAAAAAUUAUAAAAUAAAGUCAGGUACAAAGUAUAAUAAGCCGUGACACGAGGAAAGGCUCUCUCGCAGUUAGUCGCUCUACAUUCGGCGCCGCCGGAGAAUAGGAUCGGUUUUUUGCGAGUACAUCUCUAGUACAGAGUUUUCACUGGAAAAAAUCGAAAGUCCGCAUUAUAUUUAUCCUCAAAAAUUGUUCGCCAUCGAUCAUAAUACCGAUCGGACAACAAAUCGGCGUUACGUGAAACUGGACGAUCGGCACCACUAAAUCGGUAUAGAAAUUUUAUUUUAAAUUCUGCCCAAUCAAAAGACACGUGCCUAACGUGCUUAAUAUAAUACACACACACACACACUCGAGAUCCCCUCGUCUCCGAUGUGUAUAUACACACAGAGACCGAGUACGAUUCAAGGCCAAGAGUGUUCUCCACUACUGUACUGCGUCUCUUGGAGGGAGGAGAUAAUAGGCAUCGGCUAUUAUCGGCCGAUGCUUUUGAAGAAAGUUACACCGCGAUGUGCUAGCCCCACUCUCCCGGCGGCGGCGAUCUUCUGGUGGGGCAGGGGCAAUGUCAAGGUGCUAUAAGUCCGGACGCAUCUCUUAGAACCGGUCAUUCGUCGCGUUGAACGGGUUCGAUCGGUUCGUUGGACGUUUGUGGAACGAGAUAUAGGAUGAAGCCUGCUACGAGGAUUUUGAGCCUGGCCUGCUUGGUCGUGGCGAUCGGUUGUGCUAGAGCUGCUGGCAAGUACAGGGGACUGGAGUUUUUGGAACCCUGCUCCAAGAGGGAUCCGGAACUCGAGAGCUGCUUGGCCAGGGCGGCUAACAGCCUGGCUGAGAACUUCCGACGGGGUCUACCACAGUUAGGCUACACGGAGGUCGAGCCCAUAGUCCUGGACGAGCUUCACAUAGCUCUGGGCGGUGGUCCCAACGGCUACAAGGCCCAAUUCAAAGACAUCGCAGCUCGAGGCGUCUCCUCCGUACGAAUUACCGGUCUGCGAGCUCGUCUCAGCGACGACGAGGUGCAGCUGCAAUUAGCGCUCAGUAUUCCCAAGAUUCAAGCCGAUGCCAAGUACCGAUCGAGCGGGACCCUAAUCCUCGUACAGGCCAGCGGAGCCGGUGACUACUGGGGAGAAUACGAGGGAGUCAAGGCUAAGGUCUUCAUCAGGGCUAAGCCGUACGCGGUUCAAGGCCAGCAGUUCCUCAGGCUCCAACAGCUCAAGAUGGACUUUACCGUAAGGGACAUCAAAAUGGGCGUCGACAACGUCCACGACGGCAACACUAUUCUUCAGGCAGCUUUGAAUCUCUUCAUCAACAGCAACAGUCAGGAACUUUUGAAGGAAAUGAAACCGGAUCUCAGAAGGAAACUUGUUCAAGUCAUGUCGACCUUCGUGGAAAAAAUCUUCGCCCAAGUACCUUACGAUGCCUUCGUUACAGACUGAGUACAAUUACACGUGCACACACACACACACACAUAUACGCACUUCCAUCGAAUGCAUAAAAACGUUCACGUAUUUUCCUCGCUACAUACGAGAGCUACUCCACGUUAUCGCGCCGGCGAUGAAAAUAGAAAAAGUUAACAACAAACAAAGCAGCGGCCAUAGACUGUUAAGCCUCUGCGAUGUAUAUUUAUGUCGAGUACUUCGUUAUAUAAGCCACUAGUUCGUUAAGCUAUAAUUUAUUAUUGUUCAAUUAUCCGCGCGAAAAUCGUCGACUUAUAAAAAAUACAAGUAGUAUUUACAUGUAUUAACGUACGUUUAUUCAUACGUUGCGAGUACGUAAAAGUUUAUACAUAUAACACUUGUUUAUUUGUUUAAUAAAAAAAAAAAAAAAAAAAAAAAUCCGCGCAGCUUUUGCGCGGGACAAACAAA